AUGAGCUUGCUCAGCUCUUCCUCGUGCCAGCUGACGGUGCAGUUCGUCCAGGAGGAGGCGAGGCGACGCUGGGGGCUGGACACGCAGCGGAAGGCCGCGGAGUGGCGCGCCUGGGCUCAGGCCGCGGCUACCGAGAAGGGCGGCUCGGCGGCCUACCGCUUCAUCAGGCAGGUCGCGGUGGUGCCCACGGAGGUGCUCGCGGGCGUGGACGGCAGCGACGACCUGCGCAUGCCCGCCGCGGGCGAGGCUGCAGUGGCGGCGCUGCUGGAGGCGUGGCAGCCGCUCUGGGUCAAGCCGUCGCGGGCAGGCGAGGCAGCGCCCGAGAACUGGGACAUCCAGGAGUCGGUGCUGCCGCCGCUGGAGCUCGAGGACCUCCAGCGC